ACACUGCGCAAUAGAAUAACUUUUAAAAAGAUAUCGCUUAUUAUGACAUUUUUUGUGAUGUUUAUUUUCACACGGUUUUUGCAUUAUUUAUAAAUUUUAUUGCAAUCGCAUCAUAAUGAAAUGCAACGACUACGAUAAAAGUAAACCCUGCAAUCAUAAGAAUUUGGAUAAUUUGGAUAAAGCAUUGCAUGAUUUAGGUAUGCUCAGUGCAAUAACAGAAGCACGUCGAGAAUAUUUAAAGGAAAGCAAAUCAAAUUUCAGCGUUAUGCGUCUUAACACGAGGUACGUUUCCAACGUGACAGUGGGGUAUUGCAUGAAAAGAAGUACAAAUAAGAGCAGACUUUGCCCAUAUGUCCUACCAGUCCGGCAUCGAACUAAGAGUGAAAACUCGGACGCGAUUAGUUGUGAUGUGAACGAUGACUGCAAUUUUAAAUAUAGUAUACUAGAACCAUCCACAAGCAGUAUGAGGGAGAAUAUUGAUGUCAAAAGUACAAAACGAUGUCAGUCGCUCGAAAACCUAAAUCUGGUGAUAGAGAAUCCACCGAAGCCAGAAAUAUCCCCAGAUAUGGACUGUGUGUCCACAAGGAUCCAAAAAUUACAGGUUGAUGAAUGACAUACAUAAUAAUUGUGGUAUGGUUGUAUUGAAAUAUGGUAUGCAAAUAGCUACUAGUUUAGUAAAAGUGUAUUUUCAGUGUCCGUUUACCAUUUGAUGUGAGUGAGUUUAUGAAACUUUUGUUCCUAAACCAUGAAGUUUUAUUAGUAUUAAUUUUGUUUACGUUGGAGGUUUUGAGUGAUUUAGUAAUGUUGAUAGAAAUAUUUUGUAUCAUAUUUGUAAGCAAUGUGAGUUUAGAAAUGCAGUAUUCUUUAAAUUUGAAAAAAUAUUUUAUAAGUACUUAGCAGUGAUGGGUUCAAUUGGCAAAUAAAAAUCUAUUUAGUCAAUUAAUACCAGUGAUUAGUGAGUGUAACUGCAUUAAGCUUUAUUUCAUGUUCUUUAUUUUACUUGAAAGUUAAUAUAACAUAACUUCACUGAAUAUUGUUAUUUAUUUGCAAUUUAAUAUCAAAGUUAAGUUCAAACAAAGAAGCUUUGCUAUUAUCAAUCAUUGCUUACAUUUACAAGUGAAUAAAAUACAUCUAAAUCUAUAAUAAUUAUACACCUGAAGUAGUUUUUAUAUAAAGUUAUGAGAUAUUUAUUGUGUUACCUAUAAAUAACAGAAUAUGUUCCACAGUCCUGUUGUUAUGCUGUAAAAUAUUUACAUUUUUAAGGAAGAUUAAUAAUGAUGUAUGUUAAAUCAUUUUACAGUAUAGGAUAGUGACACAAAUGAACAAAUUCUUGAAGGCUUCCAUUAUUUUACUUUUGAGCUAGUUUAAGUUAUUAAAAAAAUUAACAAGUCUCUUUUAAAUUUUAAUAGGAUCUGAUAUUUAUUCAAAGCUAUUUUAGAUUUGAGCAAAACCUGUAAAUGACUUGUUUUCAUUAUAUUUUAUAAUUUAAAACAUGAGGUCUUUUAUGUUUUUUUUAUGUUCUUCAUCAAUGCUUGCAUUCAAAAUAAAUGCAUCUGUUCAGUUCAAUUAUAAAAUACUCUUUACCAAGUUAUAUUUUGCUUUUCCAAAUCCAUUUAAUUAUUAGGUUUCUUAAGAUGUUAUUAAUUUUCACAACAUCCAAAACUAUGAUUGCACAGGCAAGAUUUUUUAUUUCAUUGUAUUUUUGAUAAUCACAACACAAGAACUUUGUUUCUACAACAUCUUUUAUAUGAAUUUAGAGUCAACAUUUAAUUUUUGUUAUGUUUAAUACUCACUCUAGUUCUUACUGAGUAACUUCCUUGAAGUUACAUGAGGAAAUAUCUCAAUGCUAUUACAAAAAUUUAUAUUGAAACUACAUAACUAAUUGUAGGCAUAUACUUACAUGUGCUCGAAACUCUCUAAAAAUAAAAACAAAGUAAAAUUUUAGUUUUACGCAUUGAGAAUAAGUAGUGAGCAGUUUUCUCACAUUAGUUUGUAUUGUAUUCAAGACACUAAUUUAGUUUAUAUGUCUAUGUUUUGUUGGCAUUUAAAUGCUCAUGUUUUUUUUUUUUUAAUAUUCAUUAAAAAUUUUAGUGCUAAUAUUUCUAGAUGCUUUCAAGGCAGUAGAUAUUGUGUGUAGGGUUGCCAACGUCUUGGAUUGAGGAAUUUUAAACAAUGGUUUCUUAACAUUUAUUCUGAAUGAAGGCUGUUAUUCCAGACUUAAUAAGUUACAUCAAUAAUUUUUCUUGAUUUUUAUUUUGUUUAUAGUGUCUAUUACAAUUUUAUUAUAUGCAAUAAGACUAGACAAGAAGUCAAAUGUAAGUCGAGUAAAUUUGAUUUCCAAAAUACACGGAAUAUGUAUCUACUGUAGGAAUGGUGUGACUGGCAACCCUAAAUGCGAGUGGCAUAAGCCAUAAUUUGAGAUCUCACAUCACAAAAUAUAAUCAGUGUUAUUUAUUUUAGUGAGAGUUGGAAGUCAUAAUGACAAUUUGAUGGUUGUUAACAUUUUUGUUAGUCUCUUAUUUAAUUAUGAGUAUUUGAAAUAAACAUUGCCUAUAAGUA